AAAUGAAGCAUAAGCUUGCUUUUCUAUUUCUCUGAAUACUCUGAGUCUCUUUUUGAGCUAUUGAAACUGAGCAGAGCCAGGAAGAACUUCAAGAAAUCCAGCAGAUUUCGGAUAGGAUCGAACAGCUCCAUAAAAGACUGUAUUUAAUCAAGCAUAUUAGGAAUGGGAAAAUUAAGAUUCCGAAAGAUCUUGACUUAGAAAAAAUUGAAAUUGAAGACCCAAGCUUUGAGAAUUUUGAAACAUUUGAAGAUUUCAGCAUUGAUAAAUAUCUCACCACUAAAGGAACGAUAGAGUCUAAACCUGGAGAAGAAAUAGUAGAAUUCCUGUACUUUCAACCUCCAAACUUUUGGACUCAAAGCAAAGAAAUGAUAAAUCCGAGGAGUCAAGUAUUGGCAGUCUUACAGAAUAACAAAGUUGUGAGGAUAUAUUCAGUAGCCACUCUUUCUCUUAUAUCGGAAUUUGAUAUUUCUUCAUACCUAGAUCAGGUCCAAGAUCUUAAGAAGGAAAUAGUUUCAUUCAAAUGCUCAGAUGCAAACCCUGAUGAGCCUUACCUGCUAAUCUUGACUAAGAGCGGGGAUGUAAUCUCAAUCAGAUUAAAUCUUAUGAAUGUAGAAGCUCAACCAGAUGAAACAGCUAGCAAUGUUAAGGGCAAGAAAGACCACCAAGCUGUUAGAGUUGUCAAAACUUUCUACGCUGCGAGUUCGAUUUCAUUCAACAUGUGGGAUACCAUAGUCAGUAAUAACCAGACUCUAUACCAAGAGGACGUUGAAACCAGAUUAUCUGAAGGUGUUGCACCUAUUGCCUUAGAAUUUUCUGGAAAAGGAAUGUCUGGAAACAUCAUCAUUGCUGACUCCCAGGGCUUUUUCAAUAUUUACAGGAAAGCUAUUCCAGAUAAAAAUAAACCAACUGAGGAUAAAGCACUGGUGAAUCUAAUCUCAAGAUCUCACUCUGGAUUUGACUCAAUUGAUCUUAUUACGAGACAUCAUAUGUUAAUGAUAUAUAGUUCUGGUAGCCAGAUAAGCUUCUUGCGUACUUUUGAUGGCCAAAUGAUGAAAGCCUCAUGUGAGGUUGGAACAAAACAAAUCUCUACUAUUUCACAUGACCCAACGGCUCACGGAAGAUUCUACGUUGGUACACACGAUGGAGACGUAAUUAUUUACGAACUUUUGCAGAACAAAAAGUCGCUUGGAUGCUCUAUUGCUGGUAAAAUUACAGGGGAAGCUUCUGGUAAUUACUCAACAUUUCCUCUCAACAGAUUCAUCUUGCAAGCCAAGGACAGUGGAGAGAUAAAUGUUUUCAACAUCACUGAAUCAAGGCUUGAUGAAACUAAACACGAUUGGAAUAAGCUUAAGGGGGUUAAGUACAAGCCUGAAAUUCUCAAAGAAUUGGAGUUUGAGUCCUUGAAGUUUGAUGCACUUGUGACUCAAAAAUCAUCCCAUUUAGCGAUCCAAGUUAUUAAUGAGGGUAGAGAAGAACUAGUUCUGAUAGAAGUAUUUGACUCAGAGAUAUUCACAGAAAACUUCCUAGCUUCUAUAGCUCAAAGCAAUUAUUUUAUAAUUGGAAUAUCUUUUGUUGGUGUUAUCAUUUAUCAAUUCUUGUUCAAACAGCCAAGAAGAGAUAAGAGAAAGCAAAAAUACAACCAUCUUGAUGAAAGGGAAACUGGUGGUAAAGCUAAUACCAAGCUCGAUGACUUGACCAAACGUCUUGAAAGUUUAGAUUCAACAUCAGAGCUUCUCUCAAAAAUAGGAAAAGAUCCCACAACUUUCGAUUCAGGCAAGGCUAAGAGAAGAAAAGAAAAAUAUGGGAAUAAAAUUGAUUUCCUUGAAUAA